UUGUUGCAUAACUAAAGCUAUUGUUAUUGACCAGCGAAAACUACCAGAGUGAGAGUGACGUCAUUUAUUGACAAAAACACCCACAGAACAAGAUGUCUUACGGAAAACGUCCGAAAAACCCUUUCGAUGAUGAUGAUAAAGACUUCGUUUUUGUGCCGUCUGGAUCAUCUCGAUCCGGAGGGAAUAAAUAUGGCGAUUUUGGUUAUGAAGAGGAGGAAAAUGACCAAUACGGGGACCCAAAUGCCGGUGCAAUGUCCAUACAAAGUCAAAUUGAAGAAAGACAACAAAAUAUGUUGCAGAGCACACAACGUUCAUUGGGUUUGGUGUACGAGUCGGAAGAUGCAGGAAAUGAAACAGCUCACGAAUUGUUACGACAAGGAGAACAACUUCAGAAUAUUGACAAGAAAUUAGACACAAUCAAUAAGGAUCUAGACGCCUCCAAAAGGCAUGUGACAUCUCUCCGCAGCGUCUUCGGAGGCGUUGUAAACUAUUUCCAGGGGAAGAAAGCCGCUAAAGAGGAGGCUGCCGAACAGCAGAGAGCUCCAAGUAAACUUCAGAAAAUGGUCAAUGACCGAUCAGAUUCGAGUUCUAGCAGAAUGGACGAGCAAGAGCAUCCUGCAAUGCGACUGAAAAAUCCAAAAGUCACAAACUAUUACAGUAAAUACGAUACCUCUGGCUUUGAAGAGACACCCUCAUCUUCCUCAAGGGAUUAUAGUCAAAAGUCGAGGACGCAAGCGUUUGAUUCACAGCUGGAUGAUAAUUUAGAUGAAUUGGCCGCAGGACUUGGUCGACUCAAAAACCUUGGUCUUGGUCUGGGAGAUGAGAUUGUUAGACAGAAUGAUGACAUUGACCGCAUCACUCACAAAACAGGAAAUGUGGACACUCGUAUUGCAGGCGUCAAUAAAGACGUCAACAAGAUCUUAUACAGAUGAAAACUAGCCGAUAGUGUUGAUGGAGCUUCCUCCUCUGCCUCCCAGUGUCAGAGAGAAAAACAACAGACUGAGACAACUAGGGACAUGAGUUCACAUCUAUGAGCUUAAGUUUGAUUGUGCACCAUGGUCAAACUAAAGGUUGACCAUUUUGACAACCCCAGGCUGGUCGAACAUUGGUUGACUACUGUGGUCGACCAUUUGGA